GGUAGGAGGAAUGAUUAAGACGGUGCACCGGAAGGACAAGUAGUUCAAUGCCAUUGGAAAGCAUGUAAAUUGCGAACUUUACUCUUUGCAUGCAGGAGAAUGCAUUAAAACCCGAUUUCUGUUUCUUACUGACGGGAAGGAUUUAAAUCCUCUCAGCAGCACAACCAUAAUGUCUUCAAGCUUAAAGAUGGUUCACAGGCUGAAUUUCAAUAGCACAUCCCCUUGGACAAAAGCAAUCUGCUUAAAGCUGCUCCCAUCUUCUCAUUGUCACAUUACACAGCAUCACAGCAGUAAUUACCGUAGGCCUGGUCUUCCACCAGAUAACAAGCCUCCCUGGCAAAAAAUCGAUUUCAAUUUUGAAAAGGGGGUUCAGAAUUUAAAGAAACAGUUUGGGUUGCUGAAGAAAGAAAUUGUAGAUCUUGCAACCGGCCCUGGUGGAAAACCCUUGAAGGAAGUGCUCGAAGAACAAACCACCGUGGUGUGGGAAUUCAGAAGCCCAGAGGAUCUGGAGAAAUGGUCGGUGACCUCAGACAUGGAGAUAGGAGGAAAAAGCAGGACAUACAUAAAGCUUGGAAAGAACAACCAAACUGCAUUUUUUUAUGGGACCCUUAAUAGUGAAGUGCCCCGAGAUGGGGAAACAAGAUACAGUGGCUAUUGUGCCUUAAGGUCUAAACCUUUGAUGGGAGCAUUCUAUCGGAAGUUGUGCUACGACUGGUCAAACUUUAACACCUUGCAUUUGCGUGUUCGCGGUGAUGGACGUCCCUGGAUGGUAAACGUCAUACAUGACACUUACUUCACCAACCAGAAAGAUGAUCUGUACAGCUACUUUUUGUACACAAGAGGAGGUCCAUACUGGGAGGAUGUUAAGAUACCGUUCUCCAAAUUCUUCCUAUCAAGUCGAGGGAGAGUACAAGAUGAGCAGUAUCCAUUACUGCUAGACAAGAUUUCAGCUCUGGGAUUAACUCUUGGUGACAAGGCAGAUGGACCUUUUCAACUGGAAAUAGAUUUUAUUGGAUUAUGUAAUGAUCGUGCGCACGACGAAGAGUUUGCCUAUGAAAAAUACAAGAGAAAUCCACAAUAGUAUAUAUUUAUUUAAAAAAAAAAAAGAACCUGUUUUUGCAGAUUGUAUCCAAUCUAGAUAUGCCACGUGUCUGUGGUAUUAAAGAUGGUUACAUAAAUUUAUUGUCUUUUGUUUUGGAUCAAUUCCGUCACAUCCCACGAUAUAACUUCAAACCAUUGCAGAGCAUUUGAAAAGGUAAAACAUCAAUACUAUCUCUAGAUAUAUUAAAGUAUGUGUUCGAUCAUUUAUAAAACGAUAAAGUAUUUGUAUAUUUCCAAAUA